GGUAUUUCUAAACACACUUCACAAAAGUUGAGGGUGUAGCAGUUGCAUAUACUGACAUUAAGAAGUAAGUACCGGAUUAUAGGUAUGUAGGUAGGUAUCUACCAUUGGGGUUGGGAAUAGGUAGGUAGGGGGUAGGUAUUAACCUGGGUUGUUUCGUUCUACCUAGGUUUCUUCAUUGCAACAAUAUCUCGCUUGUCCGUAACACGCAAUUGGAGGCCAACUGAUAACCGGAGGCUGGUUGGCUUCACUGCCAAUUGAACAGCAUAACAGAGGGCUACCUAAACGAUCCAACUGAAUAGCAGAUUUAGAGAUAAGUAGGUAGGUAUUACCUACCUCUUACUAAGACCUACUAAGGCUCGCCCCACCUAGGUAGUAAUUAACUUCUUCUCUCGACAAACGGCUUCCCCCCCUCGAUAUUCCUCGCAACCGCUCCUAUCUGUCUUCCUCCGGACCAGCAUCCCCUCUCAUACCAACUACUAGCUCUGCCACGGCUGACAGCUACCCACCUAUGGACCCGCCAGCCGCCCGACAGCCGCGGCGCCCGGGACCGAGGCAGCCCAAGCCGCCGCCGCCGCCGAACCCGAUCGAGGCCGCGGUGAGGACCUGGUUCUGCGCUGCCGUCUCACACCGGCCGGGCCGCGACGACGCAGCGCCCGAGCUGGCCGACCUCGUCGCCGCCUCGCCCCGCCGCUGGUCCGCCUACGGCCCGCUGGUGCUGCUCCCGGCGGGCGCGUUCGCCGGCGCCGCGUGGCGGGAGCGGCUUGCCCCCCCUCCUCCUCUCCCGCAGCCCCCGCGUGCGGCCGCAGGAGGAGGAGAGCUGGAGCGCGCGGACGCGGAUGCCCUGUGGCGCGAGAUCCUGGCGCAGAUCUCGCGGCGGACCGGCGGCGCGACGCUCACGCACCUCGCCGUCAACGAGGGGAUCCCGUCGCGCGUGGGGCGGGCUGUCGCCGUCGACGGAGAGGCAGAAGAGGGGGAGGAGAACGUGCUGCGCAGCCCGGCGGGGCUGCGCAUCCUGUACGGCGACUUCGGGCCCGCGACCGCGGGCGGCGCGGCGGGGCCGGGGCCGGACGACUUCGCGCGCGCGCUCUGGGUGUCGACGCGGCAGAACGGCGUCGCGCAGACGUGGGCGCCGCGCUGGACCAUGUUCAGCCGCGGCAACGUCAAGGAGAAGGCGCGGCUGCUCGGGUUUCACGGCGACGGCGGCAGCAGCGGGGGCCCGCGCAGGGGCGCGUGGGCCGUCGACUUGUACGCCGGAAUCGGCUACUUCGCCUUCUCGUACGCGCGCCUCGGGCUGCGCGUGCUGUGCUGGGAGCUGAACCCGUGGAGCGUCGAGGGCCUGCGGCGGGGCGCGCGCGCGAACGGGUGGGCGGUGCGGGUGGUGCGGGCGUCGUCCCCGCCGCCGCCGUCGCUGCUCGACGGCGACGAGCGCAUCGUGGUCUUCCUCGAGGACAACCGGCGCGCCGCGCGCCGCAUCGCGGAGCUGGCCACCGGCCUCGACGUCCUCCACGUGAACUGCGGGCUGCUGCCGACGAGCGAGGCGUCGUGGGCCGACGCGUGGGAGGUCGCGGCGCGCGGCCCGGGACCCGAGGCCUGGCUGCAUCUGCACGAGAACGUCGGCGCGGCAGAUGUCGAGGCGCGGCGCGGCCAGAUCGAGGUGUACUUCUCGGAACUGGCGCGGACGGGCCGCGGAGACUGGACGGCGCGCGUGCAGCACACGGAGCUGGUUAAGACGUUCGCGCCAGGGGUCUGGCACUGCGUGUUCGAUCUGCAUAUGGCGAGGAUCAAUGACGGUGGUAGCAGUAGUAAUGCUAGUAGUAACAUAACAUGAGCGAAUCCCUGUUCAUCACACAUCGCGUGACGCCCUCUAAUAUUGGUCCAGUCUACGUUGCAGAAGCGCCCCCUACCGUAUUACCCUUACACAUGCUAUGUGGAAGUUUCCUACUCUACGACCUAGAGUGUGAAGAAGACUAUGGAAGGGGGGAGCGUCUCACUGCCACCAUGGACGA